CCAUACAUAGAACAUGGCGCCUCCCAGAGCAGAGGAUCUCGAUUCAGAACGUUUAGAAAACUGUCGGGUUUUACCAGGAGACUGCCUCAAUGAUGUCAUUAUUUCAACUGAAGGGAAAAGGUUUCGACUCGGUCCAGGAUUGCGACAGGAAGGAGAAACUGUUGUUGCCUGUAAAUGUGGGAUUUUGAGGAAGAAAGAACCCAAUAUUUUGUGGAUAGACAGUUACCAAAAACGGUAUGUUCCUGUCAGAGGAGAAACUGUUCUUGGGAUUGUGGUAGGGAAAACUGGAGAUGUAUUCAAAGUAGAUAUUGGUGGCAGUGUACCAGCAAGUCUGUCAUAUUUAGCAUUUGAAGGAGCAACCAAGAGGAAUAGACCCAAUGUUGUUAUUGGAGAUGUUGUCUUUGGUCGUCUGUUAGUUGCAAAUCGAGACAUGGAGCCAGAUUUAGUCUGUAUGGAUAGUGGAGGACGAAGUGCAGGACUUGGUGUUGUGUCUGGAGGCUUUAUGUUCCAAUGCUCAUUGGGACUAGUUCGGAAGAUCCUGUCCCCUGAAUGCACUUUGAUAAAACAACUCGGCCAGCUCAUACCAGUGGAGUUGGCGGUGGGAAUGAAUGGGCGAAUAUGGCUACGAAGCAAGACCCUGUCAAGCACAAUCACUGCAAUGAAUGCCAUCUCUAGUGCUGAGUGGAUGACAGAGGCAGAGAUCAGACUUAUGGUGCACAAACUACAGGACUCCUUUUUAGGAGUGUAGAGUGGAACUAGAUCGUAGUAUGUGAGCCACAUAAAAAACAAAAGGGAGUCACAUAUCAGUGCUGACCACUGAGAGCAAGUUGCUUCUAAAUCUAGUGUUUCUUCCAGCCGUCUAUUUGGACGUAUUUAUUAGGAUGAGAACCAUGCAUAUCCAGUUUGAUAUACAGAUUACAAAAAUAAUUACGGCUGAGAUAAAGAGGAAGAUCUCCACACUCUACUUGCAGUUUCUGUAACGAGGUUCCAUGCAGUGCUCUACAGCAUAUCCUCAGAGCCUGGUAUUGUAUACUAUCUAAUUUUUGCUUGUAUUCUAAAGCCGCUGAGUUGCAGGCUUCACAUCCGUACUCCAGAACUGGUUUGAUAAGAGUUUUGUACAGGCAAAAGAGAAUACAACAGUCUGAUCCCCAAUCAGUUCCACUUAUGCAUCUGAGGAUGUUAAGUUUAGCUUUGCUUCUAUUGACGACAUAUUUGAUGUGUUCCUUCCAGGUUUGUUGUCAAAGAUGACACCAAGAAAUUUAGCUGAAAUUUGAAAUUUUAUGUCAGAAUUAUUUAUCUUCAGUUUAGAGGAAGCAUUUCGUUUAUGAGUAAAUAGGACAGCGUAGGUCUUGGGAGUUGAUAUUUUAAAGCCCCAUUUUCCACACCAAGAGGAAAUGUAAUUGAGACUUUGUUCGAUCUUACUGGUAAUGAAAUUAAUUUUUCUAUUGGAUUUCCAUAUGACUAUGUCGUCUACAUACUGACAGAAGGUCAUUAACAGCAUAUUUAAGAGUGUUGGACUAAUAACGCUACCAUUUUUAACAGUACAUGAUUCAGAAUGAGUGUUAUUUAUUUUAACCUGGAUUUUCCGAUUUGUAAGAAAGUAAUUUAUCCAUCGUGUAAUACGCCCACUAAUUCCUUGUGAUUGUAAUUUGAUGACAAUUCCUUUGGGCCAUAGCAUAUCAUAUGCUUUUUCAAGAUCCAGGAAGACCGCCAAAGUACUUUCUCUGUUGGCAAAAGCCUUGUUUAUGCUAGAUUCAAGAUGAAUAAUAUGGUCUUUGGUGCUUCUCCCUUUCCGGAAACCAGACUGAUGAUUAAAUUGUGCUUCUCCAGGUACCAGAUAAGUCUA